UCCCCUGAGCUGGCAGUCCAGGUCUCUGACUGAUGCAGCCCAGGACUUGCUGUUCCAGCUUGGGAGCAUUGUGAAGAGAUCCUUGGCAGGGUUUUUGUGAAUUUGAUGAGAAAUGUUUUAGAACAUAUGGAAGAAUGUGGGGGUUUUAUGAUGGGCGACAGCCGGUGUUGGCUAUCACAGAUCCGGACAUGAUCAAAACAGUACUAGUGAAAGAAUGCUAUUCUGUCUUCACAAACCGGCGGUCUUUUGGUCCAGUGGGAUUUAUGAAAAGUGCCAUCUCUCUGUCUGAGGAUGAACAAUGGAAGAGAAUACGAACAGUACUGUCUCCAACCUUCACCAGUGGAAAGCUCAAGGAGAUGUUCCCCAUUGUUGGCCAGUAUGGAGAUGUGUUGGUGAGGAACCUGAGGAAGGAGGCAGAGAAAGGCAAGCCUGUUACCUUGAAAGAUAUCCUUGGGGCCUACAGCAUGGAUGUGAUUACUAGCACAUCGUUUGGAGUGAACAUUGAUUCCCUCAACAACCCACGAGAUCCCUUUGUGGAAAAUACCAAGAAGCUCUUAAAAUUUUCAUUCCUUGAUCCAUUUUUCUUCUCAUUAUUGCUCUUCCCAUUCCUUACCCCAGUUUUUGAACUAUUUAAUAUCUGGCUGUUCCCAAAAAGUGUUAUUAAUUUUUUCACAAAAUCUGUAAAGAAGAUGAAGGAAAGUCGCCUCAAAGAUAAACAAAAGCACCGAGUGGAUUUGCUUCAGCUGAUGAUUAACUCCCAGAAUUCCAAAGAAACAGACAGCCAUAAAGCUUUGUCUGAUCUGGAGCUCGUGGCCCAAUCUGUUAUCUUUAUUUUUGCUGGCUAUGAGCCAACCAGCACUUCUCUUUCCUUCCUUGUGUAUGAACUGGCCACUCACCCUGAUGUCCAGCAGAAACUGCAGGAGGAGAUUGAUGCGACUUUCCCCAAUAAGGAACCUCCCACUUAUGAUGCCCUUGUACAGAUGGAGUAUCUUGACAUGGUGUUGAAUGAAACUCUCAGAUUAUACCCAAUCGCUGGUAGACUUGAAAGGGUCUGUAAGAGAGAUGUGGAAAUCAGUGGUGUGCUCAUUCCCAAAGAGACAGUGGUGAUGGUGCCAACCUAUACUCUUCACCGGGACCCGGAUCUAUGGCCAGAGCCUGAGGAGUUCCGUCCUGAAAGGUUCAGCAAGAAGAACAAGGACAGCAUAAAUCCUUAUAUAUACCUGCCAUUUGGAACUGGACCCCGAAACUGCAUUGGUAUGAGGUUUGCGACCAUGAACAUGAAACUUGCCCUUGUCAGACUCCUGCAGAACUUCUCCUUCAAACCUUGUGAAGAAACACAGAUCCCCUUGAAAUUAAAUGCUCAAGGUAUUAUUCAACCAGAAAAGCCCAUUGUUCUCAAGGUGGAGCUGAGAGAUGGGAGUGUGAAUAGAGCUUGACUUUCCCUAAGGACUUCCCCUUUGUUUUUCAAGAAGCUGUGUACCAGAAUACCAGAGACCUCAAUUUACUUUGUGAGGAAAACCCAGAAAUGAAGAUGGGCUUCAUGUACUGCUCAUGAUGGAUGACUAGGGAUUCCAAGCUCCUGUUAUAUUCAUGGAGCAUUAUAUAUUGUGGAAUGUGAGGAAGGUGACUAAUAAGUACCAGACAUGUAAACUCAGCCUAUCCGGUCCAAGUUAGUACCAUCUAUUCCCCUGACCACUGAUCGAUAAUAAAAAUUUCUCAACAACUGUGUCAACAAA